ACCACAGGCACACACACUCACACACACACUCACACACUCACAGGCAGACAGCGAGAGAGAGAGAGAGAGAGAGAGAGAAAGAGAGACAGAGUUUGUGAGAGAGUGAAAGAAAGACAUUGACAGACAGAAAGAUAGACAGACAGAGAGAGAAAGAGAGAGAGGAAAAGAAAACGAAACUUCCUUCCUACUUCAGAUAAGGUUGCUCGGGGGGGGGCCACACGUGCUUCUUCUGCUCCCGCUGCAAGAGAGACGCCGCGUUCUGCCUUGGCCACGCUCCAGCCUUUUUCCGCUUUUUUUUUCGCCUGCGAGACCGUGCCAACGACAGGACUUGCCUGGAUAUAGCAGUUCCCCCCCCCAUCCCAACUAACUCCCUCUCCUUCCUCCACCUUCUGCUCUUCAUCCUCCUCCACCAAUUUGCCCCCUCUCCUCCUCCUCCUCCUCCACCUCCCCCCCCCCCCACCUCGGCCUCCGCUCCACCGAGGACAUCACCCAUGCCCGGCAUUUCUGUGCGCCAACCUGUGCCAACUGAGAGCGGCGAUCGACGACGCGCGCCCGCGUAUCUCGCCGAGGGAACCUGCAGGAGGGGAGAGAGCUGCGACAGCACGCUGCUCAGAGGGGGACACUACCGCUGCCGCCGCCGCCGGACCGACUAUUUCUCCCCUCUCCGCUGAUAGAGAGAAGGAGGGGAAGACAGAGACGGAGAGAUAGAGAGAGAGAGGAAGAGAGAGAGGAAGAGAGAGAGAGGGAGAGAGAGAGGAAGAGAGAGAGAGAGCCCUUUUGGCAAAGGGGGUGGGAGGAAGAGACUGUGAAAAGGUACCGACCUUGGAAAGAGAAAGAGAGAGAGAGAGUGAGAGAGAGAAAGGAGAAGAGAAAGGGAGUGUGUGAGAGAGAGAGAGAGAGAGAGAGAGAGAAAGAGAGAGAGAGAGGGAGAGAGAGAAAAAAGAGGGUAAGGUGAGUGGAUUUGGCAGGAGCUCACAGAGGUAUGCCACAGAGACGAGCCAGAGCAGAGACCAGAGCUGAGGAGUGAGGGAGCGAGAGAGAGAGAGAGAGAGAGAAGAAAAGAGGACAGAAAAGAAAGAGAGCAAGGACAGGAGAAGGGGAAGAGCUUCUCAGGUGAGCAGCAGGGAAACAUUUGUGGAGAGAGAGAGAACAAGAGAGAGAGAGAGAGAGAGAUAAGCAGUGAAAAAGGCUGUAGAGGGAAAAAACUGAGAGGGGAAAAAGAAUUCUUAAGCUAUAGACUUCACCGAAACAGAGAACGAGAGAGAGAGAAGGAGAGAGAGAAGGAAAGAGAGAAAGAAAGAGAGAGACGAAGAGAGACCUUUGUGAUAGACAAAGAGUCAAAGCCAGCUGUCUACAACUAGAGAGUGAAAGAGCGGAGAAAGAGGGAGGAAAAAAAAGAGAGAAAGAGAGAGAGAGAGAGAGAGAGGGAGAGAGAGCACGGUGGAUUCGGAGAGAGGAGAGCAGCGAGUUGCCAUGCAACGCCCCGGUGCGCGCCGGUCCUCCCCCCGCGGACGGAUGCCCGCCGCCGGCUGGGCGCUGUGCGCGGCGCUGGCCCUGGCGCUGUCGCCGUCGGUGACGCGCCCGUGCCGGGCCGAGGACGCCAACGCCGGCGCCGCCAACGCCGCCAGCGCCAUCCGCUGCCCCGUGUGCUCCGAGGAGCGGCUGGCCGGCUGCCGCCAGCCCGAGGGCUGCGCCGAGACGGUGCGCGAGGCCGGCUGCGGCUGCUGCCCGACGUGCGCCCUCUCCCGGGGCGCCCCGUGCGGCGUCUACACGCCCCGCUGCGGCACGGGCCUCCGCUGCUACCCGCCGCGCGCCGCCGACCGCCCGCUGCACGCGCUCAUGCACGGCCAGGGAGUGUGCACCGACGAGAGGGAGGUGGAGGAGCGCAACGCAGCCAUAGAGAGAUCGGGGGAAGAGAGCGUCAUCCCUGACCACCCCAACAACAGCAACAUCCGCUGCAGCCUCCAGGACAAGCGCUGCAUCCAGAAGAAUCUGGCCUCCCGCCAUAACGGCAAGUCCACCAACCAGAGGAGCAACAGCGCCCGCGAGGACCCCAAGGCCGCCCUGGCCCCGUGCCGCGCCGAGCUCCAGAGAGCCCUGGACCGGCUCGUGUCCAACACCCGCACGCACGAGGACCUCUACACCAUCCCCAUCCCCAACUGUGACAAGAACGGAGACUUCCACGCCAAACAGUGUCACCCGGCGCGAGACGGGCAGCGUGGCAAGUGCUGGUGUGUGGACCAGAAGACGGGCAUGAAGCUGCCCGGGCCCCUGGAGCUCCGCGGGGACCUCGACUGCCACCAGCUCACCGUGGCCCAGGUGCGGGAGUGACAUCGCCUGGCGCCAACGCCGGCACAGAGAGAGGGUCUCGGGGAGUCGGAGGGGGCAUGUUUUGAGGGACACUCCUCCCUCCAUCUCUCCCUCCAUCUCUCCCUCUUUCACUCUCACUCUCUUGGCUCUGAACCAAUAAUGUGCAGUAACGUGUGGUCUCAGGCCAGCUGCAACCCCACUAGUGCUGAGGUCGUGUGUAACUAUGGAAGGACUUGACCCGAAAAAGAAAAAAAAAAACUCCACCAACAUUGAGGAGCAAUGGUACUUGAGUACUGUAUGCUACAGAGAAAAAAAACAUAGAGAUGUCUUCUUAUAUUAUCAUUGUUUUAUUAUAAAUUUUUGUGACUGUUUUGUGAGCUUCUGUAUGUGUGGAUGGGUGUUUGUUUUUCUUGUGCCUAUAUAUAUAUAUAUAUAUAUAUAUAUAUAAAUAUAUAUGUAUAUCUUACAUACUAUAUAUAUAUACUGUAUAUGUAUAAGUCUUUUGAGCACUUGACUGUCUUUUAAUAUCAGUGAAGUUAUACAAAUGUGCUGGCUUUAAAGUAAAUAAAAAGGAAAAACAAAAGAUUAAGGUUUAUGUCGAAGAAAUCCAAAUAAAUAGCUUUAAAAGCUGUUCUGAA